AUGGAUCAGUCACUCUCUCUUAUAUCAGCAACUGUACAAAUCACAGAUGCGGGUUUAGCCCUAGUACAUAUUCCGCUGGAAUUGUAUCCCUUCUUUGUUCAGCCACUCCUGCGCCUUCUCUAUUGCGAUAUACCUGCCAUCAAUAAGCUCGCAGAGGAAGAGGAGGAAGAUGUAGAGCGCGCCAGUUUGACACCGUUCAAUCUCGGCUUCAUUAAUUUCUCUCUGACCCCUGUCGAGUGUUCCGUGGUAUGCUCUCGCCAACUGGCAGAGCGGUUCUUCAUGCCGCUGGCAAACAAAUUCAACAAACUCGCUUCUUCGACUCAAAAAGUUUGGAUCAGUGACGAUGACUUUAUUGCUAUGCAAGUUGAAGGCCAAGGGUUGGACGCCGGCCGACGAGUGCUAGAGUUGACCGGCCCUCUUGCUCUUGCUGGAAUAUCUAUCUUCUUCAUCUCUACCUACUUCUCCGACUACAUCUUGGUUCCGGCCCGGUCAAAAGAUCAAGUCAUCCACACUUUGUCGAGUCAAGGUUUCACAUUCGAGACUGACUCCGACCAGUUCGUCAACAACUUCAACAUUCAAUCACCCCCAACUCCAGGCCUACAAUCAUCAAUACAUAGCUCACCACCAUCUACACCCCCGCCAUCCACAGUGAAUGAGCUCCAAACACGAACAUUUGACUUUCUGCGAAAGAACCGCAUCAUCCCUCGUGUGGACCAAACCGUUCAACUAGUGCAAUGCUCCGCUCACCAUCGCGAUGGUCAUACCGAGUCUUCGKCGGCCAUUCUACGGAAUGCGCUCACGACUGCUCUGUUGAUUGACCACCCCCGGUUUCUGUCGCUAACAUUGACGCCAGCCGACCCAGCUGCAUCGCUUUUAUUGGAGAAGCGCUUGCUGCCACGCUUUACGUUAGAUCCUAGCAUGCACUCAGACGAUGAGGAAACCAGUAUCCUCCUUGGCUCGAAGGAAGAUAUCCUGAUCCCCAUCACUCUCGACCUACGUGACGUCCCUAUCGACGCUACUGGUAUUGUCUGCGGCGUUGCGGGUCGUCUCGCCGAUGCCACAGGUCACAAUCGCGACCCUUAUUCAGGUGCCGCCAUGUCUGUUGUCAGCUCCCCAGCCAAUGAGUCCAAACGAUUCUCCUUUGGCUCUGUCAACAUCGACGACCUCCAAUUAUCCGAUAGCGUCAGCAGUUUGGCUCCGAGUACCUCUUCCGCCACCGGCCUAAAAGCUCCAGACUCUGUUUCUGAUGUCCCUCCACCAGGUCUUGAUACCUACAACCCUGCAUACGACCGACGACCGUCUCAUGACGCCGUCAACACCUUAAAAUCCACCUCCAUUCCACACCAUCGCCUAGAACCGGAGCAAUACGGCGAUGCCGUCGAGAUCAGUUUCCUGAGCACCGCUCGUGCCGGAACUGUUCUCGUUUGGGAACGCGAGAUCAACUUGGCUGUCCAAGCCUUGGAUGCCGAAAAGACCCAACCCGCACCCAUAGAUGCGGAGUAA